CAAUUUCAAGUCAGAUUUAUUAUAAAACGUGCAGCCCAUUACCCAGUAUCAAAAAUCCUACAUAAUGAAGGCAUAACUUAGUUGGAUUAUUAACAUUAUUAUUGGUCAAUUAAUCACCCUCUCUCCCCACAAGUCUUUACUCCCUCACCUGAAAACUGCAAACUUCUCUGACGUUUCCUAUUACGACUUCUCUUUCUCUCAAUUUUUCUAGUCAUUUCUCAGAGUUUUCUCACACUUUCUCUUCAUAGUUUUUGCAAGAAAAGGCCACUCAAAUCUUUGGCAUGUUAUGUUUGAUGAAUCUUGGAUAAUAGAGCUGAUAAAGGUUGAUUUUACUUUAGGUGAUGAAAAGUUUGUGGGAAUUAAAGGGCUAAGAUGAGCCUUAAGAAGGCGGCAAUCCAAGAAAUAGUAAUAGAGGAAGAAGAUCCAAUGCAACAAAAGCCAUGGAUGAUCAUGUUCCUGGCUCAAUGGGAACCACUGCCAGCUUUUCUUUGAGAUUGGGCCAGAUCAUCUUCUCUUCUGCUUCUCUCUUUUUCAUGUCUUUGAGUGUUCAAUUCUACAGCUACACUGCCUUCUGCUACCUGGUCACAAUCAUGGGUUUGGCAAUCCCAUGGAGUUUCACAUUGGCAAUUGUUGAUGGAUACUCUGUUCUGUUUAAAUGCCAUAUCCGGCAGCCUGGAAUACUGCUGAUUGUUACCAUUGGAGAUUGGGUUUUAUCAAUUCUUAUGCUAGCUGCAGCAUGCUCAACAGCUAGUGUUGUGGAUCUCCUGCUCCAUGCUGGUGGGUCAUAUUGCCCUCCUAGGGUUUGCAGUAGAUACCAAAUAUCUGCUGCUAUGGCAUUCUUGUCUUGGUUUCUGUCCAUGGUUUCAUCUCUGUUCAAUCUCUGGUUACUUCCCUCCUUGUGAUUUUCAGGCUGGUUUUUGAUGUACCCCAUUUGCCAAAUUUUGAUGACAGUUUAUGGGUUUUCUAAAUCCAAGAUUUGUACAAAGCGAAUAUCAAGUGUUUCAAAUUUUGAAAGCGGGUGAAUAUGAAAUGAUAUGGUUCUUGUAAAUAGUUGUGGGCAAUUGUCCAAGAUAAUAACAAUAAGAUGACCAGUCUCUGAAUAUUCUCCUUCUUUUCUUUGUGGACUCUCUGUUUAAAGCUCGCUUUGCGGUUGUCCUCUAGGAUACUUUUCCCGUCAUCUGUUCGCUCUGAAUAUUAAACAAGCUUAGUCUGCACAGUUCACAGCUGUUUUCUGGUAGCUAUGUGAAGAACCCAAGACAUGAAUUGGCACGUUAACUCUACUGCACCAUGAUCUGCUGCCUUUUACAGUGCAGUACAAGUCUUAAGGGCAACUACAGCAAACAGUAUAGAUUCUUUACAUAAAAUCAGUUGAGAUUCUACCUUUGUUCUCAUGGAAAUUCAAUAUCGCACAAAAUUUCCCUCCAGUUGCUUCCUGACUUCCUGUUCUUCAUCCUAUUAUCAUCUGUGCU